ACAUGCGCAGGUCGAAUCCUGGAGGCACCAGAUGAGAAUGACAACUUCGACUGCGUUUUUGAUGUUCAGUAUCCAAGGAAAUAAAACUUACAGUGUUGAUUAUAGUUAACAACUAAAUCUUUGGUUCAGGAAAAAUAGAGUUUAUAAGUGAUAAAGUUUGUUUAAAUAUGCGUUCGCGAUAUAAGCACCUAUCGAUACCACAUACGCCUGAGCAUGAUCAAACAAAAGAGCGAGCGACUUCGUCACCUGCGAUGGAUUCGAUGGAAUCAGAAGAAACAUACAUUGCAUCACUGGACAUCGGCACGACGACGAUAAGAUGCUUUAUCUACGCAAUUAAUCGGGAUAUCGCUAAGCUGGAGGUAAUUGGAAGUGCCUUCGCACAGGUCGAACUUGUGUACCCUUCGCCCGGACAAGUGGAGAUCGUUCCCAGCAAGUUGUGGGAGAGUGUGAUAGAGACGAUCGACAACGCUUUUCGAAAUGCAAAACUCACUGCCAACCGCAUUACCUGCCUCAGCAUAUCAACUCAGCGGAAUACGUUCACCUGUUGGAAUCGACACACUGGCAAGGUAUAUCACAACUUCAUCACAUGGAAAGACUUACGGGCGGAUUCGCUCGUGCAAAACCUCAACAAGAGUAUCAGGCUGCGAAUGAUCAACCUGGGCGCCAGAUUUUUACACUUCUUCACUCGCAGCAAACGCUUCCUGGCGGGGAGUGUGAUCAAAAUGAUGAACCCGCAGGUUACCCUGCGGUUAGUGUGGCUAAUACAAAAUAACGCCGAGUUGCAAAACGAUAUUAAAAACGGUAAGGUGCUUUAUGGUACGGUCGAUUCAAGGUUGCUCUACCGACUGCGACAAGGUACCGACCGGACUCGAUCCGUCGAACACAUCAGCGAUGUGACGAAUUGUUCUUCGACCGGUUUCUACGAUCCAUUUUCGCAGCAAUGGUCCGGCUGGGCACUAAACUGGUUGUCUAUUAAGACACAAAUUCUACCGAAGGUUGUUCACAACUCAUACGACUUUGGAUUCGUACACGAGUCACUGUUUGGGAGUCCCAUCAAGAUCGGUGCUUCGAUUUCAGAUCAAUCCGCUUCCCUGUGGGGCAAUUGCUGCUUCGAGCAAGGGGACGUCAAAAUCACUAUGGGUACCGGCUCGUUCCUGAAUGUUUGCACGGGUCCUACCUGUUUGGCCUCGGUGCACGGGCUGUAUCCGUUGGUUGGAUACAAGAUCGAAACCGCGCAGGGUCAAGAAAUGGUCUACCUGAUGGAGGGUGCAUCCAAUGAUAACGGUUCUAUCAUUGAGUGGGCUAAAAGCGUCGGAUUGCUUUCGAACCCGGAGGAGAGUUCCGAUAUGGCACGAUCGGUACCGGAUUCCGAUGGAGUUUCAUUCAUUCCAGCCUUCAGCGGAUUAGGGCCACCGAUAAGGGAUGAUACCGCGGGCACUGGAUUCAUUGGCAUAAAAGCAUCAACCCGAAAGGAACACAUGGUCCGAGCACUUCUCGAGAGUCUCGUUUAUCGGGUAGCUCUACUGUACGUGUGUGCCCUGAAGGAAACCGGAUUCGCGUUCACUCGUAUUAAGGUUGAUGGUGGCGUUUCGCGGAACAACUUCAUCUGCCAAACACUGGCCGAUAUCACCGGUCUUCCCGUGGAACGGGGAGAGUUCGCCGACUCGAGCGCACUGGGAGCGAUGUUUCUCGCGGGCAUCAAUGUCGGCAUUUGGCACAGCAAACAAGAACUGAUUGAUAUUAGGAAAGUUGAACGCAUCUUCGAGCCCAACGCGACGAAUAAGAACAAUUGCCUGAGAAGCAUGUGGCGGUGGGAACGCGCCGUUGAGCGCUUCAAGCGAUGGUACACUGAAGACGAACCGAUCGAUCUGAGCUGAAAGUCUGUGAUAAUGCUGGUGUGUUUUUUAUUUCCAAUAAAAGUAAUUCCAAA